GCAUUAGCAUAAACAGAUCUGUUUGUUAUCAAUACAAAAAAACGAAAACAGCUGUUAGUACUGUCACCUUCUCCCAAUCGUUAUCAAGAGAUAAAAUAAAUGAUUAUUUAUAAAUAUCAGUGUAUGCCUUCCUCAACUCUUAACUUAGGUCACAAGUAACAAUUAUUAUCAAGCAAAAGAGUGAGUGUUGCUCUCGCAUAGUUCCAGGGGAUUGUCUCAUAACGUUUACGCUGCUUGCUGCUCCUAACAUAAAUUUCCUUGCUCACUUGACGCAACACAUAUUGCCACUUAUUAAUUAGAUCAUUGAACAAUGAAUUUAGUUAGUUCAUUUCGUGUUAACGUGAGUGUAGCAUAUCAGAAAAUGGCAUUAUCUUCAAUCGCAUCUGAGAAUAAUGACUUUGUUAGGAAAGGUAGAAAAAUUCUUGGUGCAGCACUUAAUUAUAUGGAUAUUGUGCGCACUCGAAACGUAGCAGUUCCAACAGAGCCGCUUUUAUUCCUUAAGCCCACAACAUCCUACGUAACUGAAGGCAACCCAAUUGUUAUUCCCAAAGUGUUUACCAAAGUCGCGCAUGAGGUUGAGUUAGGAGUCAUAAUUGGAAAGCAAUGUAAGAAUGUUAAAAAAGAAGAAGCUUUCAACUACAUAAGUGGCUAUUGCCUAGCACUUGAUAUGACUGCGCAAUGUAAUCUGGGACUAGCACGAAAAAAUGGUCAUCCAUGGAGCUUAGGUAAAGGUUUUGACACUUCAACUCCUGUUUCGGGUUUUAUAUCUGCAAACGACAUCAAAGACCCUCAUAAAGUUUCACUAUGGUUAAAAGUAAAUGAAGAGCUACGUCAACAAGGCAAUACUGCGGAUCUCAUUUUUAAAGUGGACGACCUUAUAGCUUACUCUUCAAAGUAUAUGACGCUUGAACCAAACGAUCUUAUUCUCACCGGUACACCAGACGGUGCAUCGCCUGUAAAAGCAGGUGACGUAAUUGAGGCUGGUAUUGGUGAUAACUUGAGGAUUGCGUUUGAGGUUGUAGACGAUGUUUAGAAAUCAUGUUAUCACUAGUAAGAAAUUUAUAUAUAUAUACAUAUGUAAGAUUUCUGGUAGUCACAUAUAAAAACACAAAUGUACAUAUGUUUGAUUGAUAGAUCAUUUAAAUUACUAAAAGUAAAUUGUUACUAGAAAAA